AAUUAAAAACACUGGAAACCUUUUUUGACAAACUGUCGUAGUUUUGAAUAUUUAAUAUGGAUGAGUAUUUCAAGUACAACACAGCCAUCGUCAGGAAGGUAGCCAAAUCUCUUCCUGAGGAAGCUCAAAGACAAAGUCCUGAAUCAACUCCAGUUGACUGGGAAAAUACAAUCAAGCAGCAUGACAAUUACGUGAAUAUUCUAAGAAACGAAAUCGGUUUAAAAGUUGUUGAACUUCCAGCAGAUGAAGAACUUCCAGACUGUGUAUUCGUUGAAGACGUUGCAGUUGUGAUUGGAAACAAAGCGCUGGUAACUACUCCUGGUCACAAAUCCAGACAAGGAGAGACCGAUGCAAUGCGAAAGUGUCUUCAUGAUCUUGGAUUAAAUUUGACAAUAAUGAAAGACAUGGAUUCUGAAGCUUUAUUGGAUGGUGGCGACGUACUGUUUACAGGUCAAGAAAUAAUGGUUGGAGUUAGCAGCCGAACAAACAGGGCUGCUUGCACGGUCCUUGCACAAACCUUCCAGAAUUCCAGUAACACCGAUUGAGAUAAAGAGUGGCUUGCAUUUGAAAAGUUUUUGCUCACUCGUCAGUCCGGGAGUCAUUCUACUAUCAAAAAAGACUGCCGAAAUUCAAAAAAUGGGCGAGAAUAUAAAAUUAUUGGCUAAAAAGAAAUAUCAAUUUUUGGAAGUUGACGAUGAGGGUGUUAGUGCCAAUUGUUUGUUUAUUAUAUCUGAAAAACUUGGACCAUCUAUUGUGCAUCCGCCAUUGGAGAAAUAUCCUGAUUCAAAAAAGGCGUAUAAAAGUUUGUCUGGAGUUCGCCUUUUUUCUUGCGAUUCCAGUGAGCUGGCGAAAGUAGACGGUGCUCUCACGUGCUGUUCAAUUCUAUUGACAAUAUGAAAUCAUGAUCAAGAAGUGUAUUAUAAGGGCAAUGGUACAAUGGCAUUCGUAAAACUAAUGUGGUUCACGUGACAUUCAAUACAACGUUGGAAUGAGAAAUAUAUUGUCUUUUUGAUUGUUAUUUGCAAUUGAUAGUUACUACUGGGAAAAUAUCGUGUUUUUCCAUAUCUUACAUAUUUUCAGCCGUUAGUGAAUAUUGCCAUGUUAUAGUUGAUAGUUUCAUUCGUGAUUUUUUAGUUGUUUUCCUCAUAAAAUAACUGUCCGUUUGAAUGUCACUAACUGCCAGAUUUUCUGUUAUAAACGAAUAAUAUUUUCGAAAAAGCAGAGGUCAAGUUGGAA